AUGUCCUCGGCACCGAGCUCGUCUGUGGCACCCGUAAGCAACAAGCCACCCGACGCGAACACCACAGAGGCUACGGCUGGGUCACAAGCAUCUGAACCAGCGAUGGAACCAGAGUCAGAGCUUGAUGCAAACUCGCACACAUCCCUGAUGGACGAUUCUCAUCCCCUGAAUCCCGUCGAGGAUGGCACCAUGUUCUCCAGUGUCAGGGAGAGAGAUGCGCUGCGUGUCCGCGCGUUCUUCCAUCCUGAGAAUGUGUCGACUCCGCCCGAUGAGGAGGGUCUGGUUCUGAACACAGCAUGGCCUGCACACAAGGCUCUCACAUACUACCUCAAUCUCGGCCGUUUGCCCCCACCAAGCAAGGUCGCAGCGUUCAUGAAAGUAUUCAGGGAGAAAAAUCCUGGCCGCACAUUUGACAAACUUCCACACAAGUUGCACACCCAGAUGGAGCGUGUCAGAGAGACGCUUGCGGAGAAUGCCCUUCGAAAUGGACAUGAGCUACUGCGAAACAAACACCGCGAGAAAUUCGUGCAGGAAAACGCGACUGAACUCGCUAAUCCCGGGUUCUGUAUGAGUGUGUUUCGCAAAGGUGUGAGUACAGUCGGUCUUCUGAAUGAGUCCACGAAACGUCUCGAUCUCGUUCACAAUUCUUCGAUGCAACUUCAAACUCACUACAUCGAGUUGGACACGAUUCUGAAGGAUAUUCGGACGUUGAUAUCGGAGAACAAGGACGGGGAAGCCCUGGCCCUGUUCAAGUCGAGGAUUUUUCCGUAUCUUGACAGCACGUCCCUCUUGGAAGGGCUUAUCGCAAUCCGACGCAUAGCGGACUAUCAGCGGUACCUCCCUUGCGUUCAAGAUCACCGUUCGUUUUUCCUUGGGAACGAAGCCGACGAGGCCAGCCACCACGAGCAUGUCGACUCCGACUUCAUGACACCGGACUACUCUAUAGUCAAAACCUUGCAAUACAACCUGGCCUGUGAGCCCGGUUCCUUGCUCGACGUUGAUCGACAUGUUGCUACGGACGAAGAGGCCAGGCUCAGAUACGGCCUGUGGUUGGGGGAGAACUCCGCCUACGCACUCCUGCCACGGCAACUCUUGACAAGGCUCGAUGACCCCGACACGUUUGAGGAGCUAGAGUUCAAGAAGCUUCGUCUGAUCGCUGUGUCCGAGGAAUUCUUUGAGAAGCUUGACCUUAACGAAACCAUCGCCGUCAACAUCUCGGACCAUAUCCAAGGUUCCAGGUGUUCUCUCACCCAUGCAACCGAGCCUCUCACGAUCCAGAGCACUAUGGAGAUGGCCCUGAAGAUGUACUGGGAUAGGGUUGCAGCCAAUAACCCGAUUCUACAGGAGCUUCGAAGAGUGUGCCCAAGUACCGAGCUCCCUGAUGUGACACGGAGCCUUGAGUACUGGAACUUGAAAUUCUGCAAACAACAGCAAGAACUUCUCCCGGUUUCUUGCGGCAUGCAACUCUACGAAAACCUUCAGCUAGGCACGAGCAACAUACCUUACGAAACCCUGCAUUAUCUCAAGUGGGCACGGGCAUACCGAGAGCCAACCAUACUCGACUUCAGUGAAGACGGCCCAGCAGGAACAUGGCUUGAGAAAGAGACCAUCAGCGAGGCCGAGCGAGGCAUGAGGGAUUGCAUCCCUGGAAGCCUCUCCGGCGAGUCCCAGCAUCGGGUGGAUGCCACAGACAUCUGGAAGGAUUCCGUCGAUCUAGAAGAGCUUGACCAGUUAGACGAGGAGACACAAAAGCCCAAGCUGUUCGAAACCAUCUUCAAGGAGAAGCGAGCGAGGCGUGGCGAGCUUCUCAAAGCCAUGGUAAAGGAGGACGGUAUGCGUCUAGUUGGUGAGAUCAGAAGCAUCGAAGAAAAACCAGAGCACGCACGGUCACACAUCGACGAGGCGAGGCUGGCAGUUUUGAAACCUGCGUUGAGUCUCAACCGACUAUACUAUGAGCGCUGGAUCCUUCUAGGCCAUGUUCUUAAAGGUCGGACAGUUGAGGACUUUGAGAAAUACUGUGUUGGUCUCACCCGAAACCUCCUCCUGUCAAACUGGUACCUUGCCUAUGCAGCCUUGGUCGACAUCACCAACGAGCAGAGCGUAUCUGAUAUCUCAAGGUUGACUGGGGAUGAGGUAGCGGCAAAGCUAGGACAGGAAGCAGAUGAUCUAGCUCGCAAGAAGGACGAGGUUAUCGCUGCGAAAAAUGCCUUCGGAGAGUUCAAAGUAAACCCCAAGGUGGACUGGGAACACCCAGAGCUCACCUUCUACGCCAGGCACGCCUUCGACGGCAAUAUCGCCUUUGCACGUUGGCUGGCAGAGCACAACCCUGUCAUCAGGUCCAUUGUCAAGCGAUGGGAUGAAGGCUUUACCUACACUCUCGAAAAGCCCGUGUACUGCUAUCGGCCAAUGACGGAUGAGGAAUUGAGGCAUGCUCACGUUGAAUGGAAAGAACUCAAAUCCGAGUUUGGACUAGCGCCAGUACGAGAAACCGUAGAGACCGAAGAACAGCGUGGAGCGAUCUCGCCAGAGAACCCCCCGACAACGGCAUCGACCUGGCAUCAGCAGGUGCUUCAAGUCAGGGAUGCGGUGAAAGCUUACCAGGACAAUCCGAACCAGAAGCCCCAGUUACUAUCUGACCUGGAAGAUUCCACCGCGGAAUGGGCGAAAGAAUACGAGGAGCAGCGAAACAAACACCCCGUUACCCUUGCAAACUUCAAGGCGAUGAGAGAGGCAGGCUUGGUUUGGCACAAAAAGGAUUUUGUUGAGCCUGGCUCGGUGAAACUCGUUGGAACAUUGGAAGAGUUUGUCUUCGAUAACAUGAAAAGCACCAAGCAAGAUAACUCCUCAAGUCGAAAGCGGUCGCUGUCUCCUGGUUCCAGGGAUGAGGACCAUCCCGGAUCCAAGCGACAUGAGACCUGCGAGCUCGACAAUUGGGAGGCCUUGCGUUUCGAAUAUUGA